AAUGUAAGAUAAAAUAUGUGAUUUAUUAUUGAAACAAAUACCUGGUAUUUGUAGAUUAACUUAGAAAUGUAUCCAUCAUAUGUCAGGAAUGUUGGUUGAAGAUACACCCUAGAAUGCUGCUGAUGUUUAAGAGUUAUUGGGAGAGUAUUUUAGAAACGGAGGAAAAUUGACCACAUAAGAAAUUAAUAAAAUUUGCUAAAAAAUAUUUGAUGCUCUUGAAAAAGAGUAACUAAUAAAAAAAGAAAAGAAACAUACAUUAGCAGCUGAACGAUUACCUUAAGAAGUUAUAUUGUCUGAGUUAGAUUUUUAUUUGGAAAAAGAGUCUGUAAAUUUGAUAUAUUAUCAUUUAGGAAACAAUAAAAUUUGAGGAUUUAUUUAAAGAAUAAGUAGCAACAAAUACAAAUGAUCAAAUUUAAAAGAAGGAUCGUAAAGAAAAGUUAAGAUAGAAGGAGGAUAUUAAAGCUAUGGAAGCAUAUGAGAAACAUAUUAAAACAAUAAAGGAAUAAAAAACACAUAUUCCUCCAGCAAGAGUAAGACACAGUAAAGCAGAAUAAGAUGGCAAGAAACUAGAUAUAGUAAUCGAUAAAUUAUCAAUAAUUGUGGGAGGAAGAGCAUUAUUGGAAGACACUUCUUUAUAAUUGAUAUAUGGUUAAAAGUAUGGUUUAGUUGGUAGAAAUGGUAUUGGUAAAACAUGGUAAUUUAUAAUCUUAUUGAUUUUAUAGUUUGAUGAAUGCCCUUGCAAGAUAUGAAUAUGAAAAUGCUGAUAAAUUCAGACACAUCUAAGUAUUGUUGGUUGAAUAAGAAAUUUAAGAAUCAGAUAAAACUCCUGUUUAAUUAGUUUUAGAAACAGAUAUGGAAAGAUUAGAAUUACUUGAACAAAAGGAUAAAUUGGAAAAUUCUGAAGAUCCAAAUGCUGGAUUAAAAUUAUAAGAAAUAUAUGAAAGAUUAGAAUUAAUUGAAGCACACUUAGCUGAAGGAAAAGCAAUUAAAAUAUUAUAAGGAUUAGGAUUUACUAAUGAUUUGAUGUAUAGAAAAACUAAACAUUUAUCAGGAGGUUGGAGAAUGAGAGUUUCAUUGGCAAGAGCUUUGUUUGUAUAACCAGAUGUAUUAUUAUUGGAUGAACCUACUAAUCAUCUUGAUUUAGAUGCUGUUAUGUGGUUAGAAGAUUAUGUUAUUAAUUGUAAACAUACAGUAAUUGUGGUAUCACAUGCAAGAGAAUUUUUGAAUGUGGUUUGUAAUUAAGUUAUCCAUUUCUAUGAUUAAAAAUUAACACCUUAUACUGGAAAUUAUGAUUAAUUUGAAAAAGGAAGAGCUGAAAAGAAUACUAAUCAAAAGAAAUAAUUUGAAGCUUAAUAAAAGAAAUUAUCACAUAUGCAAUCCUUCAUUGAUAAAUUUAGAUAUAAUGCUAAAAGAGCAUCAUUAGUCUAAUCACGUAUUAAAGCUAUUUAGAAAAUGGAUUUGAUUGAUGAAGUUUUAGAAGAUCCAAGUUGUGUAUUCAUAUUCCCAAAUCCUGAAAAAUUAAGACCACCUAUGUUGAGAAUUGAAGAAGGAUAUUUUGAAUAUUAAUUAGGUAAACCAAUUCUAAAGGGACUUAAUUUUGCAGUUGAAAUGGAAUCACGUGUGGCCAUUGUUGGUGCAAAUGGUGUUGGUAAAUCAACAUUAUUGAAUUUAUUAACUGAAUAAAGAAGGUUAACAGAAGGUAAUUACUUCAGAAAUCCGAGAUUAAGAAUUAGCAUGUUUACUUAACAUCAUAUUGAAUAAUUAGAUCUUAUGAAGAGUCCUUUAGAAUAAUUAAUGACAACCUUCCCUGGAGCAUCAGGAGAAACAUAUAGGUCUCAUUUAUCAUCAUUUGGUUUAAAUGGAAAUUUAUAAUUAAGACCACAAUAUUUAUUAUCUGGAGGAUAAAAGAGCAGAAUAUCUUUUGCUAUGGCUGUUUGGAAUAAUCCUUAAAUUUUAAUUAUGGAUGAACCUACUAACCAUCUUGAUAUUGAUGCAGUUAAUGCUUUAAUCAUUGCUUUGAACAAUUUCACUGUAUUUUGAUUAUUUAUCAUAAUUAGGGUGGUUUAGUAAUAGUUUCACAUGAUCAAUAUUUUGUUUCUACAGUCUGCGAUUAGAUUUGGUAUAUAAAGGAAGAAAGACUUAAGAAAUUCAAUGGAGAUUUUGAUGAUUACAAAAGAGCUUUAUCAGAAGGAAAAUUGGCUUGAA